AACACACAUGCACACUGAAAACGGAAAACGUUUGUGUUCCUUUUUCGAUUGAGCUGUGGCAUGUGGUGUUUGAAUACUGUGGUGUUUGUUCGUUUGAUUUGGAUUCUUUUUUUGGAUUAAUAUUUUUUUUUGUUUUCAAUUCUUUGCCCAAUUCUCUCCAGUAAAAAAUGGGUGUUGAUAUUAAUCAUAAACAUGAUCGUAAAGUUCGACGAUUAGCACCGAAAAGCAAAGAUCCAUAUCUUUUGCUUCUUGUCAAACUUUAUAGAUUUUUGGCUCGUCGUAGUGGAAGCAAAUUUGCUAAAAUUGUUUUACGUCGUUUAUACAUGAGUAAAAUUAAUCGUCCACCGCUAUCGCUUCGACGAUUGGUUCGACACAUGAGCGCUGAACAACGACAAAAUAAAAUCGCUGUUAUUGUUGGUACAAUUACCGAUGAUGUUCGAUUGUUUGAAGUACCAAAAAUGACCAUUGCUUGUUUACGUUGUACUAAACGUGCCCGUGCUCGUAUUCUAAAAGCUGGUGGUGAAAUCAUUACAUUCGAUCAAUUGGCUCAACGUGCACCGACUGGCAAAAAUACUGUAUUAUUGCAAGGUCCACGUAAUGCACGUGAAGCCGUAAGACAUUUUGGUCCAGCACCAGGCGUUCCUGGUAGCCACACUAAACCAUAUGUUCGUUCACGUGGCCGUAAAUAUGAACGUGCUAGAGGUCGUCGUGCAUCAAGAGCAUAUAAGAAAUAAUCGAAAAUUUGGAUUUAUGUGUUUGUGUGUAUUCAUGAAAAUUUUUUAUUAUUA